AUGGGGCUCUACCUCCUUCCCUUUUCCUCACCGCUACGUGCACGGCCAGUGGCCGGCGCCGCUAGCGCCGUCAACAGUGUCCCGGCCCAGAAGAAGGCCGGCAGGGCCUUGGAAGCUGGGGGGCAAAUUCCCGGCUCCUCAAAGGAGAGGAUCGGCCGUGGGCUCUGGCGGCACCCUCGUCCUCCUGCCUCUCUCUUCCGGGGGGCGUGCCUCUCCCGGCGGAGGUCGGUGGUCGUGGGGGUUAUUGGGGGCGGAGCGGACGUGAAGUCGGAAACUUUUGACGUCGGGGCGGACUCCGCGGUGCCGGAAAUGGUCAAGUUCGCGGAUGCUCUGCACGAGGCCGCGGGUGAUGAGAAGGAUGGGUUAUCCGACUCCAUCCCGAAGCGGUGGGUGAUCGUUAUCCUAUGUUUCACCGCCUUCUUGCUCUGCAACAUGGACCGUGUACGUGGUGUGAACAUUUACUUCCCCCCAACUCCAAUUCUUUUGACCUCUCCGACAUUGAAUUCUCUGAAGAGACUGUCGAACCAGCACCGGGUUUCCUUCAUUUGCAGGUGAACAUGAGCAUUGCCAUCCUCCCCAUGUCAGCAGAGUUUGGUUGGAACCCUGCCACAGUAGGCUUGAUUCAGUCCUCUUUCUUUUGGGGCUACCUUCUCACUCAGGUCGGUGCACCCUCGGUGUAAUUGGUUUUUUUUUUUUUUUUUCUCCCCUAAAGUGGAUGCGUUCAGUAGGCUUCUUCUUCCCCUACUUGUUACAUUUGAAGGGUUAAUCAUGGUAGCGACUGCAAAGUCUGUUAACUUUGAUGUGCUUCUAAGUUCAUUCACUAACUAAUUGAUCGGGUAAUAUCGUCUGGACAAGCUAAUUUUCGAGUUGAUUGCGGAAAGCUAGUCUGUCAAGGUAGAAACCUCAUCGGCGUUUUCCUUCCCGAAUAAACUUCCCCUGAAGUAGGGUGACUAUCUAGGUGACGCGCUUGUAUAAUUUGCCUCAAUGAAUCCAUAUUGAUGGUGUGGAAAAACUGACUUCACCUGAUCGAAUAAAGCCUGAUAUCAAAUAUGCCCACUGGUCAUUCUAGGUUUAUUUAAGAAGAAUUCGCUUUAAUUUUCCUUUAAUGAUAUUUAAAUCUGAAGAUGGAAGAUUUGGUUUCCAUCUCAUCCAUGAAAGAAGCCUUGCCAUUCAGAAGAAAAAAGUUAUCCGUGUUUUUUUCGGCUGAUCACGUAAGUCAUAAUAUUAUCUUCUUCUUUUUAAGCAAACAGAUCUAUGUCAGUCGAACGCUAUGAAUGAUCUGUUGUGAAUCAUUAAUGCUGCCAUUCCUAUUCUGAUAGAGCAAAGUCCUCUGCUUCUCAUUCUUCUGAUCUAAUGCCUCUCCUGUCCUUUUUUAUAGAUUGCUGGCGGAAUAUGGGCAGAUAAAGUCGGUGGAAAGCGCGUCCUAGGAUUUGGAGUUGUUUGGUGGUCCAUUGCAACACUCCUCACGCCUUUUGCAGCGAAGGCAGGAUUGCCCUUCUUGCUUAUCGUGCGUGCCUUCAUGGGUAUUGGUGAGGUGAGUUUACGGAUUUCAAUGUGAUCCCCGUGGAAAGAGGGAAUGGCAUUCAAGGACUUUUUAUCGAGCUCUGCCAAAAAGAAGCAUGCAUCGAUCUGGAUAUCCAGGGAUUGUAACAUGAUAUAGUCCUUGUAUCUUCUCCAUCAUUAUAGAAAUUUCUAUUUGAACUGAAAAUGAUCGCGUCUCUUGUUUUCAGGGUGUUGCUAUGCCCGCUAUGAAUAAUAUUCUAUCAAAGUGGGUCCCUGUAUCAGAGAGAAGCAGAUCAUUGGCCCUAGUAUAUAGUGGAAUGUACCUCGGAUCAGUAAUUGGGUUCGCCUUUUCGCCACUUUUGAUUGACAGCUUUGGCUGGUCUUCAGUGUUCUACUCCUUUGGCUCUCUUGGAUCUGCCUGGCUCGUUAUAUGGCUUAAUCAGGUACACUUUUUGAUUUCUGCAUUACGAGUAGAGUCCCAAAUGUCUACACAGUUUCUGUCAUAUGAAAGCGAUCUAUUUUUCUAAUUAUCUCUUGUUCAGUACUCCAAUCAAGUCCCUGCUUCCGAUCAUUAUUCACAGUCUAUAAACAAUUUUUAUUGCCUCUUUCUCUGUGGCAGGCGUACAGCUCGCCUCUUGAAGAUCCUGACCUUAGCUCUGAAGAACGAAAGCUUCUUCUUGGGAACAACAUUUCCAAGGAGCCAGUCACCACAAUACCCUGGAGGGAGAUCUUAUCAAAGCCUCCCGUUUGGGCCCUUAUAGUUUCCCACUUUUGCCAUAACUGGGGAACAUUCAUCCUUCUUACAUGGAUGCCAACAUACUACCAUCAGGUAAGCCACUUUUAUGUUUCCUGAAAUACCUAUCAUGCGUCUGUAUGCCCAAAUAAUGUUAAAUACACUAGAGGUCAAUGAAUGUUGGAGCUGGAAGAUAGUAUUUUUCAUAAGUUUUUUUGUCCAUAAGUUCCACGUCGGAUGCUCUUCUGAGAUGUCAGCCAGCUGGCAUUUUCGGUUCAUCACUUUGUAGUUUCGUUCUUUUUAUGUUGUAUUGUGGCAUCAAUGAUUACGUUCUGGAUUCUACGUCCGGGACGAUUGGGUCAGGUUCAUCAAAGAGAAUAGCAUGGCGAAUCGCAUGAGAGAAUAAACAGCCAGAGGAAGCAAAUUAAAGAAGAUAACUAGUCCAAGGUUGGAGAUGUUAUAUCGUUAAAAUAUCAUUGAAACGUCAGCAACUAAGUUAAGAUACAUCUUUUGAUGAAGGUUAAAAUGCGCAUUUUGUCUACUAUGUACACGUAGGAACAUGCUCCAGUGGUAUAAUCGGAUGGCGGUAGUGUAUCCAUCGCGGCCUUUUUACCUUUGGAAAACAUGGAUGGAGAGAGCAUGUAAUGGCUUUUGCUGCUAGAAAUUAAGUAGGAAAAUUACAAAAAGAGAGAGAAUUAGCAGAUCUCGUGCCUUUUGGAGAAACUUAGAAAUUUUAGAUUGGCAACAUAGAUCUAUUUAAUCGUUGCCAUUGAUGAUUUACAUAAGCUCAUGGAGAAAGGACAGGUAUGUUCCUCUGGUUGAUUAGCUUAAGUUAUGUGAUAAACGUGUGGAUGUCAAGAAAAUCGAAGGGGAAACCACCUUAUAUGUAAACUUUAAUAAGAUUUCAGUAUAGCUUGUUUAUGAGAAAUAGAAAGAGAAUGUUAAGUUUUUGUAUAAAGGAUUUCCAUAUCUGCAGCUUUGUAACCUGAUUCUGAACCCGGAAUGGUUAAUAAUACAUGCUAUUUCUUUAUAUAGACAAUGGGUGAAUUCAUUCAUCAAAUAACAGCCAGUGAACUUGAUGAACUGAUCAAAGUUCGAAUGUUAUAAUAUUGUCCAUAUAACAUGAUGUGUGCUUCUUUCUGCUGGAUACUUACUAUGCUUCUAUGAUAUUAUAGUUGUACACUAGCUAUUGAUCAUUGCUCUCGAUCAUUUUUUCACACUGAAAUCUAUAAUAACGUUUUUCUCUUCAUUUUUCUUCUGACAAAAUGGAUAUCAGGUCUUAAAGUUCAACCUCACUGAGUCCGGGCUUUUCUGUGUUCUUCCCUGGCUCACAAUGGCACUUUCUUCUAAUCUUGGUGGAUGGAUCGCAGACUCUCUCGUGACUAGAGGAUUAUCAGUUACGACCGUUCGAAAGGUGUGGGCCUUUCUCGCAUCAUUUGAGUGGAAAACUUAGAAUUUACUUACUCCAGACUGUGUUUUUGUUAUCUAUCUUCUAGGACACAAAACAGUCAAGUUUUCUGGACUAUUUUUCUGCAUAGAAAAGAUGGUGAAAAGUAUAAUGAAUGCAUCGUUUUAUCCAGGAGGUUAGAAUUUUGGUGAAGAGGAACUAAUCAAAAAACUUUUGGUUUCAGUGUCAGUUAUACCAAAAAAAAAAAAAAAACUGAUAUGGAGAAAAACAAAGAUGAAAUUAGGGGGAAGAUGUAGAGUCCCAGAAGGAUUGGGCUGGUUCUGAAAUACGAUUUACAAUUCCCCGAUUCUAAGGGGCAACGGUAAUGCACAGGGAAAAACAUCGGUAAAUUGGUUUUCCAGGCGUAAAUCAACUUAUGGAGCAUAACAAUAAUUCAUUUGGACAUUUUUUUUAUUUUCACUCGGAUUUUAAAGCAAGAAGCCAGGGGAUAACAAGGCCACCCUAAAGACUUAUAGCAAAUCAUCAGCAUUGUGUUGUAGUCCUUGGUGUUUUAAAAGGCCUGUAGUUAACUUUCUACUUGAAAGAAUGUAGAUUAGGUCAUCCUACUGGUGCAGACGGCCUAUCCUUUAUUUAUCGUAAUUUUCUGGUUAUUUUCACGCCUACAACUGUGGAAAGUAAAUCAAUACCCUUCUGAGUGUUGGGAGAAAAGGAUUUGAAACCUGCUUAUUUUAAUUGAUUUUCCUUGGUUAUGGAUUCGAAUUCGUGCAGAUCAUGCAAUCAAUUGGAUUUCUUGGCCCGGCAUUCUUCUUAACUCAGCUAAGCCACGUUGACUCUCCCUCAAUGGCAAUACUAUGCAUGGCAUGCAGCCAGGUUACUUCUGUCGCAUCUAAUUCGUGGUUACAUUAAGCCUUUGACUUGUUCUCGUUUCAGAUUGUCAACAUCAUGCUAUUUCAUGCCAUUGAUACUCUCUCUCUCUCUCUCUCUCUCUCUCUGGCAUGUUUGGAAUUGAUACCCUUUGCUAGCAUAAGAGCUCGUAUCAUGCCUUCACAUAUCCUUGCGACGGGCAACGUUCCUUUUGGUUUCUUGGAGUCAUGCAAUUUGGGUCAAUAUAUGCUACAUAACGUUUUUAAAAAGUGUUCAAAUACUUAUUUUAAAGUUUCGAUGUCUUAAUAUCACAUUGAGUUUAAGUUUCGAACGUCUCGACAGCAUAUUUCUGCGUGGUUGCCCGAUCUUCUCUCAGAAUAUAGCAUUGCCAAAGUCAAGGACUCAUUUUUUUUCACACUCGUCUUACAGGGAAUGGAUGCAUUCUCCCAGUCAGGUCUUUACUCCAACCAUCAAGACCUCGCGCCCCGUUAUUCUGUGAGUGCUAAUCAGCGCGUUCCACAUAUUCGUCUCAUCUGCAUCCGAACGUCCAGAACGAACCCAUUAACUUCUGGGGUGGCAUGAUGCUCGAGAUUCUUGGAUUAUGGCUUUCUGUCGUAUUUAAUUGGUUUAUUUCCUUAAUCGUGAACCUUUCAUGAUCCGUCGGAGCGAGCCAUGACGUGCUGUCCGAAAUCAUGCGCAGGGAGUGCUGCUUGGUCUUUCGAACACCGCUGGGGUUCUGGCGGGCGUCUUCGGCACCGCGGCGACGGGCUAUCUGCUGCAGCAUGGUUCGUUGAGAAAUCUUCUUAAGUGAUACGAGCGAGGUGCUAAUGGCCGAUUGUUCCAUCUUCCUGUCCGAAGACUAACCCGCUGCGUGUUGUUGGGUGCAAUGACGAAUUUCAGGCUCGUGGGAUGAUGUCUUCGGGGUCUCUGUUACCCUUUAUAUCGUCGGAACCGUGGUGUGGAAUCUCUUCUCGACCGGGGAGAAGAUCGUCGAUUGA